AUGAAAAGGAUCUCAAAGAGAAGAGAAGAGAUUUUUAAAAAGAUGUCAGGAGCAGCGUACAGCAGUACAGAAGAAAUGAUGGACAGGCAUCUCUCAAAAGAUGCGGAAGAAAAUCGAAACAGAACAGAGACACUGAGAGGCAAAGUAAGAGAAAAGCUAAAGAAUGCUAAGAUCAGUCAAGGUGAAAAGUCCUCAGCUCAGCUGUUCACUGAUACAAAGAUUCAUCAAUGGUCUAAGACUGAAGUCUUGCUGGAUGAAGGUCUCUCAUUUUUCGUCCUGAGUGGGGAAGAAGACUCAGUCGUGAGCCGGUCUGCACUGCAGAAAUCAGUCAGUGAUAGUUACUUCAAACCCUAUGCAUUUGGUGAUAGUUCACAAAACGUUGCUGAGGGCCAAGAUGAGGAUUUUGCAGAAGAAGUCAUUUUAAUGGAUUUAUUUGAAGUGAAAGCUGCGGAAUAUGAAGAUGAUCAAGAGCAGAUACAAAAACAGGAGGCAAAUAUUUUUUUGCCAAGUAGUUCUCCAGUGGCCAACCAGCGUAAACUGCCAAAAGGCAUGAUGCCGCGCAUCUUAGAAGACGAAGGAUUCUACACUAAACAAAAGCCAGUGACGUGUAAGAAGAUCUGCAACAAAAUGGAAAACCGCCUGCUCAGCCUCCAGGAGGGCAAGUGUUGGUUCGAAGAAAGCGGAGAGAUAAUGUCAUUGCCUUCACCUAUUAGACAAUCUUGGAAUUUUAGGAUCAGCACGAGCAAGGAAUCUUUGAAUCCAGCACUGAAGACUAUACACAGGAAGGCAGUGAAAUCUGACCUGGGAUGCUGUUUUAGGAACAGAAUGGAUGGUCAAAGGGAAAUGUACCAAUUAGAUCUUAACAUCGUGGGCUUGCAGUUCAGCCAUCACCCGCUCUUCAAUCAAGAACAAGUCCUAUGUGCCAGGCUGCUCCAGCUCUGUGAGUCUUUCCAGGACAGGCAGAAGCAGAGCAUAUCGCAGCUGCUCUAUGAGAAGCUCAAAGCACUGACAGAGACUACCAAACACGCUAGCAAAAACACAGAAAUAAACCAGUUUACCGGGGAAACAUUACAAGAUUAUUACUGGCAGAUAAGUGACACAAAGCGACUGUACGACGCAGAAAGGGAAAAGGACCACGCCCUACUGCACAGUGUUUUGCAGACUUGGAAACAGAUGAAAUCUCUCCGGCAAAAGCAAGGAUUUACAAGCACCCCAGUGAAGCUGCAGUUUCAUAGGAUAAAAACGAACACAUGGAAUGAGCAGAACCAAGCAGAAAUGUCAGGAGUGUCUGGGGAAGAAAAGUCACUUCAGAGUGAAGACAGACGGGAGAGAUGCCCCUAUCCAGCUUCAGACCUGGAAGGAAUGGAAAUGGAUAGAAUGAAGCCGAUUAUGCUGGUGCCAUGGCUUGCUUUCUCAGCAGAGCUAACCAACGUAUCCAAGUGUUCAUUAUAUGAGCAAAAAAGGAGAGCCAAAAUUCAAAAGCUCAAAUAUUUUAUCAAAAUAUUUUACAAUGAUAAGCAGGUUUCUUGCACUUCCGUGUCUCCCCUACAGCUUGAUUUUAAAGUCAUGUUUCAACAGAUUUUUAACAUUCAACUGUUAUACUGGCCCGAAACAAUUUGCUUGAAGGUUUAUGAAAUAAGCAAGAGGACAAGUUUACUGGUUAAACUCUAUCUGCCUCUACCUAACAAGACGGAGCUGAAAGACAAGACUACCCUGGAAUACACAGAAUUUAGCUCCAAUAAACUGGUCGCACCGAUGGAUGGAGGUGUAGGGAGCAAUGUGCCUUUUAAUCUCGAGGGAAGUGAGAAUGAAGAACUUUGUCUUUUAACCUCAGGAAAACUUAGCUAUUCUCUCUCAUGGGCUUUAGAUGAAAAUGGAAUCCCUUUGACACCUGUAUCGCAGUCAUUGCGAUCUGCGUACUGUAGUGUGCUGAGGAAUGUUGAUGCCAGAGGUGUUCCUGGACUCCCGUGGCCCGUGAACUCGCAAAAGCUUUCUGACUGGGCAGAUGACAUCAGGAUCGAUCCAAAUAAUCCAGAGUAUUCCGAUAUAACAGAGCUUAUUAUGUAUUUGAGACAUAAAGGGCAGGAAAUCCCAAAAUAUUUCCGUCUUGAGCAGUUGCAAGAUGAAUUUAACUUUGUGUCUGAGGAAGAAAUGAAAAGGAGCAAACGCUUCCAGCUGCUGCAGCUGAGAAACGCCGGCCAGCUAGAUCUCUUCCUUCUGCAGCAGAUGCCCCUCUAUGACAAGGAGAUUCCAGACAUAGUCUUCCAGGAGUAUGAAAGUCAGGCACAGAAGGAUAUACCCAUCUCAGAUGUGAACUCUAUCACCGCCCAAAGGAUUAAUUCUGUCAAUUUCCUGAGAAAGGUGAGAAGGUUGAUAAUGAAAAGAAUCAUCAAAGUCAGCAAAUUUAACUUAUCAGAUAUUGUGGCUGACUAUGAAGAAAUUGUAUCUACAAGCCAGUUGACAGAUGCGAUUUGUAAGUUCACUGAACCACGAAGGAAGUUAAAGCCUCAGAGGAAAGAAAGAAGAAAAGUCACAGCACAGACUGUCUCUGACGGGGAUAUAAAGAUUCUGGUCAGGAUCCUGAGGGCCUACAACAUUCCUACCAGAAAAAAAAUAACUCACAGAACUUGGGGUACAUCUACUUACUUGAGGUCAUCCAUGUCUCGCCACAGACAUCAAGAAGCAAUCAAAUCUAUAGCCUCGAAUGACUUCUUAAAUGAGGGUACUGUGCACCCUUUCAUAGAAGUUUCUUUUCAACACACUGUAUAUCAAACCAAUACUGCAAGCGGAUCUCAUCCAUGCUGGAAUGAAGAAAUCAAAGUAGAUUUUAUCUCACCAGGACAUGAUUACAGCUUCUCUAGUUUAUCGAAAAUAAAAGAUAAUAUACAUAUCAACGUUUUUGAUGAAGUGGUAAUUGAGAAACAUGAGGACCAUUGUCUUAAAAGCUGCAGUGCUCACUCCUACAUACAAAAGAACUGGCUGGGCUCUGUCAGCUUCCCCUUCUCAGCUCUUCUGCAACAGUCUGAGAUUAGCGGGACAUUUCAAGUGAACAUUCCACCCGUUUUGCUUGGGUACACCUGGAGUAACACUUACGUCCCUCCUAGAGAAGACUACAGUGGGCAGAAUCCAAAAGAAUGUACCUUCCUAAAUAUUUUUGCUACAAUUGAACCUCAGAUAUCAUAUAUCACGUUCAAUCCGAAACUAGAUGAGUUUUCAGAUGAAAUAGACAUUUUGCAGCGAGCACAGACUUUUGCCAGGAACUGUAAGGCCAUGUUUCCCAACCGAAGAGUCGUGACCACUGUUUUUAAUGGCGAAGGGAUGCAGGUCUUUGUAACAAGAUACAUCAAGGCGUUGAAUCCACCGCAGCAGCUUCUGGAUAUAUUUCUUCAGGACUCGAAUGCUACCCUUGACCUCAUCGCUCGAUUUGUAUCUUUGAUUCCUUUUACAACAGAAACAUUUGAUGAGAAUGAUGGUUUUGACAUAUGGAUGACAUCAGAGUGCUGCAUCAGUUUGGCUAUUGGAAGUAAGGAAGAACAUGCCAUACUUCUCUGUAAUUUCUUUCUGUACUUCGGAAAGAAGGCGUUGGUGCUCCUGGGGACCUCAGUCCUAGAAGGCCAUGUGGCUUUUGUAUUAACCCAAGAAACUGGAGAGUCUUUGCUUUGGAAUCCAUCAACGGGGCAGUGUCAUAAGCAGUUUGACCCAUUUUGCCCCUUGCAAAGUGUGGAUUGUUUGUUCAAUGAUAGAAAUGUCUGGUUUAAUAUUGAACAAAACAAUACACCAAUGGCUGUGCAUUUUGACUACUCAAAAGAAAGCUUCUGGAAACAGUUGCUGCCAAAAGACUUCCCGGGUACAAAAGCCCAAAGUGUACAGCCUGAAGAAAUAAUUUAUUCUGACACUAAUAAAAGCAUGGUGGAAGAUCUGAAGAGCAGGCUGGAAAGGGCACUCAAGUGUAAAAUGAUGGAAUGGCGGCCUAAGCACCCCACACGCUGGAAUCGACAGUGCACGUCUGUCCUGCGACAAAUUCUUCCUAAACUAGAGUUUUACUCAGGAAGUUUUGCCUCAUUUGAGGACAGUGAGUUAGAAAGGCUGCUACAGUUUUACUGGGUCACAGGAUUUCCCAUCCAGAUGCCCUACACAGAUGUCCAGUCAGUCAUUGAUGCCGUCUACCAGACUGGAAUUCACUCUUCUGAAUUUCCCCAGACGGAAUUUGCUUUAGCUGUGUACAUUCAUCCAUACCCAAACAACAUAUUAUCCGUGUGGGUCUAUCUGGCGUCCUUAGUCCGCUAUCAGUGA